AAUGUCAGAGCGGUAAAAAAAAAAAAAAAGUCGUGGGUUUCUUUUCCCCAUUUUCCUUUUGUUUCCCUCGCUCCAUUUUCACUUCUCGCUGGGGGCGAAGGAGUUGCAGAGCGAAGGGCCCCCCAAAAAUUUUCUCCGCUCUCAGUUUCUCUCUCCUCACUCUCUCAGAUCUCCGAUCAAUCCCAAGUCUGAGCUUAUAUUCAUUGAGUUACAUAACAUUUGUGAAUCAAAGAAGGUGAUCUGACUUUGUGAACUGCAUCCAACUAGUUGCCUAUUACAGCAGAUACUAUUUAUUAUUGUGACUAAGAUAGAUGAAAUGUUUAGCUCUUCCUUAUUCACGGUUUGACGACUGCCAUUUGUCUCUUAUUCAUGGUUUGAUGACUGCCAUUUGUCACCAUUGAGAAAAGGGUACCUUGUGUCUUGUAUUCGCAUCUCAGUUGAGGCAAAUCAGGACAUUUCUUGAAAUUGAAUUGCCAUGGAGUGCAAUAGGGAGGAAGCUAUGAGAGCUAAAGGCAUUGCAGAAAGCAAGAUGCUGAACAAAGACUUCACUGGGGCACGAAAGAUUGUGCUAAAGGCCCAAAAGUUGUAUCCUGACCUUGAGAAUGUAUUGCAGAUGUUAACUGUCUGCGAGGUGCACUGCUCUGCUGAAAAUAAGAUCAACGGUGAGAUAGACUGGUAUGGGAUUCUUCAAGUGAUACCAACUGCAGACGAAUUAACCAUCAAGAAGCAAUACCGGAAGCUUGCUCUUUUACUUCAUCCUGACAAGAACAAAUUUGGAGGUGCUGAGGCUGCAUUCAAAUUAGUGGGAGAGGCUCAUAGGACGUUAACAGACAAAUCAAAGCGUGUACUGCAUGAUAUGAAAAGAGGAGUUAAUUUCAGAACAGUCUCUGCAAGGCAACCUGCCCCACAUGUAAACAGAUCUUCAUUGACCAAGAAGCAACCUGGAGUUGCAAGCAGUUCUGCAAAUGGUGCUUCUACUCAGUCCAAUAAUUUGAAUCAUCAGCAAUCACCUCCAUUCUCAAGCAAUCAAACUUUCUGGACCAUAUGUACUUCUUGUGGUAUAAGAUAUCAGUAUUAUCAAAAUAUAAUGAAUAGAUCAAUUCGUUGUCAGAGUUGCAAGCAGCCCUUUAUUGCCUAUGAUUUAAGUGCACAUAGUGUGCCGUCUGCAGCACCAUGGAAUUAUACUGAAAUCCCUCAGAAGGAGAACAAACCCUCCGCAGCCCAUUGUGCUGCGCAAAGAAGCAACUUUGGAACUGGUUCUAAUAUGGAUCCUCGGGGAAAUGUGGGUGGAGGGUUUGGUGGCGGACCUCAUAAGGACUCGAACAAAGAUUUAAAAUCGGACAGAGAUGGUGGAACAGCUAACGAUGCGAAGUUUGAAAAGGUGAAACUUCAUGAAACAAGCAAGAAAGAGCAAACACGAAAACCUCCAGCUAGAAGUAGAAGUCAGAAAAGAGGAAGAAAGGCAGAAGUGGAAUCUAUUGAGUCGGAGAGCAGCGAUAGUGAUGUAAUUGUUAAGGAUGGUUGUCCUUCAGGCCAGAAUACUGGGACACGACGAUCAACCAGGCAGAAGCAAAACAUUUCUUACAAUGAAGAGAAAAGUGAUGAUGACAAUGACUUCAUGACUCCAAAAAAUAAAAAGUUAAGGCCAGAAGGUAUGUCAGUGAAUGAACAGAAGAAUGCCUCAAAGUUUUGGGAAGGGAAUGCCAAUGGCGUCAUUGGACAAUCAACUGGAGCUGAAAGUAAAGUUUCAUCAGAUUCACCAGACACAGACUCGUUUUCUUACCCUGAUCCUGAAUUCUACAACUUUGAAGAGGAAAGGGAUGAAAGUAAAUUUUCUGCAGAUCAGAUCUGGGCUAUCUAUGAUAACUUGGAUGCACUGCCACGUUUCUAUGCAUUGAUCAGACAAGUUUACAGCCCAAAAUUUAGGCUGCGCUUCAAUUGGUUAGAGUAUGAGCCCUCAGGUAAAGCUGAGACACUUUGGUAUAGAGGAAAUUUGCCUAUUGGGUGCGGUAGCUUCAAACUGGGUAAGUCAGAGCAUACACAGGAGCGUCUUAUGUUCUCUCAUCUUAUGCCUUUGAGAAAAGGUACAAAGAAAAAUACUUACGAAAUAUUCCCUAGAAAAAGUGAAGUUUGGGCACUGUUCAAGAAUUGGGAUAUCAAAUGGAGUUCUUGUUCAGAUAUUGAUAGGCAAUACGAGUAUGAGGUCGUGGAAGUAGUAUCAGAUCUCACCGAGAGUGAUGCGAUCAGCGUUGUCCGUUUAGUUAGGAUACAAGGGUUUGUGAGCUUGUUUGUGCAAUCUAGAGAUGAUGGAUCAAGCCCCCUGAGGAUACAGAUGAAAGAUAUACUUCAGUUUUCACAUAAGGUACCCUCGUAUAGAUUGAAAGGAAGUGAAAGAGAAGGCGUUCCUAAAGGUUCCAUGGAACUUGAUUGUGCUUCUUUACCUCUUAAUUUUGCAGAGACAUUUCCUUCCAUCAGUCUUGAGAAUUCUAAGGCGAAAACUGAAGAUUUGAAUAGUGUAUGUGAUAACUUUCCUUCUGACCUAGCAGGCGAAGAGGAAGGUCCAAACUGUAGCAGCAAGUGCGGCUCUGAAUUGGACGGGGUUGCUUUUGAGGAGUUGAAAAGAGGUCAGAACCAUGUAGAAAGUGAACAAAUAGGAACGGAACACGCUCAAGAUGCUGGCAUCAGAAAACCUGCUAUGAACAACAACUCCCAGCCAUCAUCAAGCCCUCAAUACGAGUACCCUGAUUCAGAAUUCCAUUACUUCGAAGAGGAAAAAUCAACCGAUAAGUUCGAAGAAGGCCAGAUUUGGGCACUUUAUAGUGAUCUUAACAAGAACCCUAAUUACUAUGGUCUGAUAACUAAAGUGGAAUCAGAGAGUUUUAGAGUUCAUGUUACAUGGCUUGAGGGUUACUGUGAGCGAGAGCAAGAGGUGAAUUGGUAUAAAAGAGAGCUACCCGUCGGUUGUGGGGCUUUUAAGACUGUAGAAGAUGGUUUUGUGUCGGACACAACAGAUACCUUUUCUCACCUUGUGCAUUCAACAAACAAAGGGAACGAUUAUGUUAUUUAUCCACAACUUGGCCAAAUUUGGGCUAUCUACAAAAAUUGGAGCUUUGGAUGGUCAUUUUCUGAUGUGGAAAGUUGUGAAUUUGAUCUGGUGGAAAUUGUUGCGGUCAGUAGUUCAGGGUUCAAAGUUCUGGUAUUGUCGAAAGUAAAUGGCUAUAGUUGUGUUUUCACCGGUAAAGGAAGAGGGAUUCCCUCAAAAAUAGUGGACAUACCAAUUUCUGAGCGCUUGAAGUUUUCUCAUAGAAUUCCUGCUUUUAGACUUACUGAGGAAAGAGGUGGAAAGCUGAGAGGCUGUUGGGAGCUGGAUCCUGCAUCAGUGCCUGAUAUCUUACUCUUUGCAAAUUCUUGACCGGAGCAUUUGAUGGCUGUUCUGGUUAAGAGUGGUCCUGUGUUAUUAACAAAUUUUGCCUUGAACCGGAGAUUCAAGCUGUUUAUAUCCUUCACCAUGUUGAUCUGUGAUCUUAUGUAAUGUGUAUAUGCUGUAGUUUUUUGUUUUAAAAGUAGUACCUGAUGCCGCUGCGGUUAAAAAGACUGAGAAAAGGUUGGGGCUUAAAACUUGUGUAAACGAAGGUGACUUGGUUUUCUCUGCAUAAACCGUUACGAUAGCUCUGUUUCGUUUCCUUCUA